UGGACCGAUCAGCAAAGCUGUUGCUGUUUAAGGAUGGUACCAGCAGCACACGCAGCACAGGUGAGCCAUAGACUCUCUGAAGGAAGGCAGUGAGAGUGAAGGUGAAAGAUGUUGCCGAGGCCGAAGCCUGGGGAAUCGGAGGCAGAUCUGUUGAGAUUCCAGAAUCAGUUCCUGGCCGCAAGAAGUUCCCCAGCGGUGAAGAUUGUAAAGAAAGCGGAUAAGAGGAGAGGAGAUGUGGGGAGUGAAGAUGAUGAUGAAAGACCCUCAUUGCAGCACAGCAGGGAUGUGGUGACAUUGGAUGGCUUUCCUGAUGUGCUCCCACCUCUCACACCAGCUCCUCCAAAGAAAUCCAGAUUCAAAAGUGCCCGUGUCCAUUUUGAGGAGGAUCCAGGGGAGCAGUUGGAUCAUGGUGAUCGACACAUCACAGCGGUCUUCAGCAAAAUCAUUGAACAUGACACAAGCUCUGCCAGCGUGAGUGCUCCAAUGUUCACCGGAGAUGCAUUUCCCAGAGUUUUUCACAGAUCCGAAAUAAAAACGGAGGCAAAAUUAGCUCCUGAAAAGAGAAGCAUCUUUGCCCAGAAGAUCGCUGCUAAGCGAGCAGCUGAAUUGACUCAGACAUCUGCUGAUGCUGAAGAUGAGCAGACAAACGCAAGAGGAGCAGUUCCAGAUGCUGCCCUGCCUCCUGUACCCUUGGAGGCACAGUUCCGUAUUGAAGAGGAAGAUAAGCUUGUAAACAGUCAGCACACUCGUAUCGUCACUGGUGAGGGCCUUGGAAGUCUGGCUGGCAAACAAGAAGCCCGGAACAUCCACAAGGAGAAUGUGGAGAGGCUGCAAUCCAUGACCAAAGAACAGAUCUUGGAGGAGCAGAAUCGGUUGCGGGCUCAGCUAGAUCCCAGUUUACUUGCUUUCUUAAAGUCACGACGUGGUGGUACUAGUACAACUAGGGAAGGAGAGGAAAAAGUGGAACAGGAGAGUCCAAGGAAGCUUAUGCCUCCAGAAGCAUGUCCUGUGCCCCAGCAUGAGGCAGAAGAGACACUGAAAGCUGCUUUUGUACAUGAGCCCAAUGUAGAAGAGGAGCCAGGCAUGGAGCAUUCUGGAAGGACUGAAGCCUGCACAAGAAUGGAUGACACAGAUAGUGACCUUCCUGUGAAGCCUCAGAAAGAAUGGCUCCACAUGAACAAUGUAGAGUUUGAGAAACUGGAGUGGAUGAAGGACCUGCCCCAGCCUCGACAGAGGAAAACCAAAAAGGGGAUGCAAGCACGCUUCAGUCUGAAGGGAGAACUUAUUCCCCCGGAUAAAGACUUCCCUACACAUCUGGGCCUACAUCAUCAUGGAGACGAAGCAGAAAGGGCUGGCUACUCACUCCAAGAGCUCUUUCACUUGUCUCGCAGCCAGGUCAUUCAGCAAAGGACUCUGGCUUUACAGGUAUUGGGCCGCAUCGUCCGGAAGGCCAAGGCUGGAGAGUUUGCCUCAAUGCUGAAGGGAAGUGUCCUGCGUGUGCUGCUUGAUGCUGGCUUCCUCUUCUUGCUCCGUUUCUCCUUGGAUGACCCGGUGGAUAAUGUCAUUGCAGCCACCGUCCACGCCCUCCAUGCACUGCUGGUCUCUCCAGAUGAUGAGGACUAUCUUGACAAGACUUUCUCAUGGUACCAAGGUAUGACUGUCUACCCUUUUAUCCCAGUAAAUGAGGAGGAAGAAGAGAUGGAGGAGGAAGACGAAGGUGAUGGACAAACUCUAACCCAAAAAGCACUGGGAAGAAAAUUAAAGGAUGAAAACAAGCCAGAUUCAGAAGUGGCACGGUAUGAUGUUGUAAAGGGACUUCUGAAGACCAGGAUCCUUCACCGCAUGAGAUACAUUCUGGAAGUCUUGCGCCCUAUGCCUUUGGUAGUCCUGGAGAUUCUAGAUAUUCUCACUCGUGUGGCAAGGCACUCCAUGGAAGCAUGCUGUUGGGUCUUGGAUUGCCCUCGCCUGGUUGAGACUAUCAUCAGGGAGUUCCUUCCCACCCAGUGGAAUCCAAGAGUAGCUGAACCUGGGUAUUUGCUCACAAGCCUGCAUGGAGUUCCAUGUGCCACUGCCAUGAAACUAAUUAGAGUCUUGGCAUCUGGAGGGCGAAAUGCAGCUGCCAGGCUGCUUAACAAGUUUGAGAUGAAGAGUCGGCUGAGUCGGUUCGUAGCUGAAGAUCCCAAAGACCUUCCUCUGAGGUUAGAGGAAGCCAUCAAGAUGACCACGGAGGCGUUCCGCUUGUGGGCUGUGGCCGCUGGCUAUGGUCAGGCCUGCGACCUCUAUAGGGAUCUCUAUCCUAUGUUAAUGAAGAUGGUCUCAUCCCUGCACCAGUUGGCCCAUGAUUUUCAGGAGAACAACUCUGUGUUUGAGCUUUCUAUCCAGCGAGCCGCAGCCAUGAUGACUCUGCUUACCCAAGUGACCCAAACAGCAGGUUGCCGUGCAGAACUACACACCCAGUUCAGCAGGAGUGAUCUAGAAGGCAGUGACCAAAUCCCACCUCCACCAGUCGCCUGGAGUCAGGUGUCAGGUUUCCAGCCCAUCAUUGAAUCGAAUCUGAAGAGAUGCCUUAAAGAGAUAUCCCAGCUGGGUACCUGGCAGGGAUUGCAACCUCUUACUACAGCCUAUCUCCUCUAUAUGGGGGUGUAUUACAGCAACUGCAGUAAACAGCCAUCCGUAAACCCUAUUGACUGCUUAGAAGAUUUGGAGCAUCUGACAACUGCCAUGCUGCUUCCCCUCCUCAGUCAUCCAGGCAUGCAGACCCUGUGGGAAAUGCUCAGGCCGUGUUCUGCUCUGUGCAAUCCUUUGUCCUGUUCUCCUGCGCCAGAAUCUCUCCCCAGCAUUGUUUCUCUGAGUUGCACUGGAGGCAAGCCCCCGAUGAGUUUAGCGGGCUCAAAAUCACCUUUCCCUUUCCUUACUGCUUUCCUUGCCUUUGUCAACAGCAUCAUUCACAUACACAAAGGGCUGGUUGGCAAAUAUGCUUCUCUUCUGGAUGUAAAGGGUUUGAGAGACUAUCUGCUUGAGAGCCGGACUGCUGGUCUGCUUUCUCCAGCCCCCUCCUCUGCAUGGCUCUUGCGCCAUGAGCACCACUUUCAAUACUUUGUGCUUUUGAUCGCUCAGAAAAUGGCAGGUACUUGUCCGGAUUACAGCCAGCAUGCUUCCCUCCAUCACUCGGUUGCCAUGGCAUUGUUAAGUCGUCUGUUGCCAGGCAGUGAGCACCUAGCUCACGAACUCCUAUUGGGUCUUGCUUUUAAUCCAAAACUGAUUCCAGAAGGCAAAGCUGGGGGGCCUGAAGCUGCUGACUUCUCAGACCUUCUGCAUUUGAGCUCGAAGGCCAAGCCCACCAAGCCCGGCUCAGCAGCUGCCAUUUCUCCACACCCGAGUCGCGGCGCCUUACUGGAAGAAGCGUACCAGCAUCUCCCACUGAUCCAAGCCUGUUACCUCUCUCAUUUGGUUUACUUGGAGCCAGCUCUUGUCCGUUCUAGAGACAUUUACCAGGGCCGAACAUACCUUGUCCAAUCCAGGCUUCUUCCGGAGGUCAAAGGACCCAUCCUACCUUCGGAUUGGCCGUUCCUUCCUCUCAUCAACCUCUAUAACAAAGUGACUGGUGGAGAAAUGCUGUGGGCUGUGCCGAGCUCUCUUCCUGUGGAACUAGUGAACACUGUGACCCGGAACCUGCAGUGGGUCCUCCUGUUGGAGACCUGGCGAGCCGGGGUCCUUCAGGGCAUCUCGCCUGCAGCCAAACUUGCAAGGCUCAUGUGUGUCUUCCUCACAGGCAGUGACUUGUUCCUGGAAGGGCCUGUCCAUUGCUACACAGCUGCUCUACUCUCGCUUUAUUGCCACUCCAAAGUCCAGGCCUCCUUGAACUUGGAUGCUCCCCUCCCUGGCUUAGCCUCUUUCCAUGACCUCUACAUCAACCUCCUGGAACAGUUCGAAGGCGUCUCCUUUGGGGACCCUCUCUUUGGCAUCUUUGUGCUUCUUCCCCUGCAGAGGCGAUUCAGUGUUCAGCUGAGGAUGGCUGUCUUUGGGGAGCAUGUGAGCACCUUGAGAUCACUGGGUGUUCCUCUCCAGCAGUUCCCCCUGCCUCUGGAGCAGUACCUUUCCCCACCUGAGGACAAUCUCAGCCUCUUAAGGCAGUACUUCCGGAGCCUGGUCACAGGGGCCUUGCGACACAACCGGUGCCCUGUGCUAUAUGUGGUUGCCGUGGCCCAUGUCAACAGCUUCAUUUUCUCCCAGGAGAGCACCGCACAGGAGGUUGAUGUUGCACGAAAAGAUAUGCUCCAGAAGACCUGGCGCUUGACGGAUGAGGCAUUAAAGAGACAGCUUCUUUACUACAAAUUGCCAAAUAAAGAUAGCCCAGCAGGCUUUGACCUUUAUGAACAACUUCCUGCCAUUCGAUUGAAAUACCUGAAUGCUGUGACAAGGAGGGAACACAAAGGGGACACAUUAGUGCCCGACUUGUAGAGAAGAACCCCGGCAGCCGGCUGGAGAAGUAGGGGGCCGCAAUGCUGAGAUGGCAGAAAAGCUUGUGUCACCUCCAGGCUGUUUUGCCUGAGCAGAACAGAAAGGGAUCCGCACGGUCAGACUCGGCCUGGCCUUGAUAGGACAUUGGACCGUCGUUCCAUUUCUUGUUUCCAGUCAGCUGAUUUUUCACGAUGGAAGAAAAAAAGAAAAACAAGUAUAUGUACUGAGAUGGAAGAUGAAUGAUUAAAAAAUGUGGUAUGAGGGUGAA